UGUACCAGGCGCUCCAAGACCCCAGGCCCCAUGGCGCAGAAGCCCAUCAGCAGGGCCGCGGCCGAGCGCAUGAACCUUGUGGCCCAGGACGAGAUCUGGAAGUACCGCCUGAAGGCUGAAAACGAAGCACAGCAAAACUGGGCCCCGAACUGGGGAUUUUUAACAACCCCCCUCGAGGAGCUGAUCAAGUGUGAAGAAGAGCCCGCCACCCCAAAGCCCAAAAUCGAGCUUCCCGAGCGCUUCCGCAUCCGGCCAGUGACCCCAGUGGAGAAAUACAUCAAGGUGCUUCCAUCCCCCCCAGUCCCAAAGACGACCCAGGGCUUCAUCGGCUGGAGAUCCGGGGUGCCGGGCCUGAACAAGUGGCUGGAGCACGAUUAUGAGAUCAGAAGCUGCAAAGGGGCGUAUGCCAAGGAGCUAAACUGGCCAAAGCAAGGUGUCCACUGAGUCCAGACAGAGACCCCGGUCCCUGGGGCAAG